AUGCCGCGCCCAAGCCUCCUUGCCAUUCUCGCCCUCGCCGCCGGCGCCGUAUACGCGAACACGCAGAUGGGUCAGCAGUCCGAGGAACUCUCGCCACAGGGCCAGGCCGCCCAGGCCGUCUUUACCGACCCCCUUGGUUCCUCACCUAUCGGAGUAGGACAGGGCGGACCCAGCCUCGCCGAUGCGCUCACGGUCGAGAGGCGCGCGAGCUUGUGGUUCGAGUAUGCGCGUGAUGUUUCCAGUAUCGGCUUUACGACGAUCCUGGUCCCCGUUGACCGGGCAAUCAUGGCGAUGCCGCGGAAGCCGCACCAGGGCUCCGGGGACGCGGCGGAGAACACGGCCAACUUCCUCGCGGCGCACGUCGUGCCUGGCGACCUGGAGGGCAAGCCGCUCAAGACGCUCGCCGGCACGGAAGUCAGCGUCAAGGACGGCAAAAUCGAGCCCGCCGGCGUCGAGGUGCUUGGCCAAAAGAGCGCGAGCAAUGGACGGAUCUACUACCUCGACGGCGUGCUUGUCGACUAG